GAGGUGAAGGAGCUGCAGCCACAGGCAGCCGCGGAGACUGUAGUGGAGGAAGGCGCGCGGCCUGGAGGAAGAGAAGGAUGGAGGAGCAGCAGAAGGACCGUGAGGCCGAGGUCGCCGAGCCUUGGUUUUCUAAGUGGGAGCGCCAGUGCCUUGCUGAGGCGGAGCAGGAAGAGCAGCUGGCCCCCGAGCUGCAGGAGGAGGCGGCUGCUGAUGCGGCGGGGCUCAAGAUCGAGCGGCAGAGGCUCUGGCACCUCUUCCAGAUCUCAGCCACUGCGGUGGCCCAGCUCUACAAAGAUUCCGGGUGCCAACAGCCAGGACUGUCUAUGUGGGACCCCUUCCAGAAUGCGGCCAUGGCCGUGACCAGCCUCUACAAAGAAAGCGGGGAUGCCUACCAGCGAAGUUUUGAGCUGGGCGUCCAGGUUGGCUACCAGCGUCGCGUUAGAGAUGUGCUGGAGUGGGUGAAGAAGGGUAGGAGCAUCAUUCGCAGGGAAGACCUCAUUAGCUUCCUCUGUGGCAAAGUCCCCCCCGCCCCUCCCCCGCCACGCACCUCCAGGAUGUCCCCUAGGCCGCCCGCAGCUGCUUCCAGUCAGGCUGCUGCCACUGAGUCCACCGCACCUGUGGACGUCGACCUGCAGCCCUUCCACGAGGCCAUCGCCCUCCAUGGCCUCAAUGGCGCUAUGGCAAGCAUCAGCAUGCGAUCUGGCACUCCUGGUUCCUCAUCUCAAGAUGGAGGUAUUGCCAGCAGUGGGCGUCGGAAAAGUUGCUUUCUAGAAGAUGAUCCGAACCCCUUGGGCUCAGAAGAACUGGCUCUCCGCCUGGACAGUGGGGGAAUCCGCAAGCGUACCUCGGCCCAGUUUGGUGAUGCCACCAUAGACUCUCCAUCCCACAAGCGCAACCGAAUGGUCUAAACUACCCCCUUGGUUGACCACCAUUCACCACCGUAUUGCUUGACAGUCAACUUGACCAUCAACGUGCUUGUUGAAACCAUACUAGAGACUGCUGAUCUUCCUUCUAAUCUUAAGUUAAAGAUUUAUAUCGUUUACCAUAAAGAAAAUUUAAAAGUAUUCCAGAAGAGGCCUCCUAUGACUCUGACUUUCCCCGAAAUAUAAUUCUAUUACAGAACAUUAGCUAUCACAUAGUUAGCAAAAUCAUUUAAACUUUAAAGCAAACCGUAUCCAGUGAGGGCGGGAGCCUGGUUUAUCUUAUUCAAGUUGUGUUUCAUAGCACCGAGUACAGUUGUUGGUGCUCAAUAAAUGUUUGUUGAAUGAAUAAAUGUAACCUUACUUUAAAUUCUUAAAGGGGAAAUACAUAGAUGUAUAUUUGAUUGUGGAAUAGUUUAUUUGAUAAUGUGGAAUAAUUUUAGCCUUUUAUGUGUAGGUUGUUUGCUUUGAUAAUCAUUGCUAAUUCAUUUACAUUGUAACUUUGUACCAAAAUGUAUGUUUGUUUCUUUGGUUUGGUUUGGUUUUUCGAAACAGGCUUUUUGGCUGUCCUGGAACUAUUGCUGUAGAUCAGGAUGGCCUUGAACUCACAGAAAUCUGCCUGCUUCUGCCACCAGAGUGCUGGGAUUGAAGGUGUGCGACACUACCGCCUGGAUCAUUGUACCAAAAAUGUAAGAUUAGACAUACUUGUGAAAUCUGGAGUUGUCUGGUUUUAACCGUACUGUACCAUGCACCCAAUUUCUAGAAAGAAAUCAUGGAAAUAAUA